UUCUUUUAUAGUUUUCUCUUAAAUUCCUAGGCCUCGAUCUAGUGUUAUCUUCUAAUAAUAUUUAGUAGGGAGCUAAUCCCGGCAUCUCUUUGGUAUUCAGGUUCACACUUGCAAACGAUCCCGCCCGGGACCGGAGUGCCCAUAUAAGAGCGGGCCGAGCCCGGCGGUCCCUCAGCCCCUCUCCGCCAUGAACCAGGCCGAACUCCCUUUGGCAGAGGCCAAACCCCACGGGGUCAGGCCCCACAUCUGCUGCGCGCCCCCUCCCCGCGCCCCCACGUCGCUCGGCAGUACCCCCCUUCUAGUCAGAGCCGAGCCCCGACGCGGGGGGCCGCGGCCAAGCCAGCCCGCGGACAGCGAGCCCUGCGCGGCGGAGCGGGGCCGAGACAGUCCCCGGGAGCCUACCGACCCGUACCCGUCGGAGCCAGGCCCCGACGGCGGCUGGCUGAGCGCCGACGAGUCCUCGGGCUACGAGAGCGAGAGCGCGGGCGGGGAUCGGGCCGCGGCGGCGGCGGCGGGCGGGACCCGCGGGCGGCAGCGGCGGGCGCGGACCGCCUUCACCUCAGAGCAGGUCUGCCGGCUGGAGAAGACCUUCCAGCGCCAGAAGUACCUGGGGGCCUCGGAGCGGAGGAAGCUGGCGGCUGCCUUGCAGCUCUCGGAGAUCCAGAUCAAGACCUGGUUUCAGAACCGGAGGAUGAAGCUGAAGAGACAGAUACAGGACCACCAGCACAGCCUCGUGUCUCCUGCUCCACUCUACAGCUAUCCCCCGGGGACCCCACCAGCUCUGUUUCAGGAUGGUCUCCACUACCCCUUUGCUCCACAGCACCAGAGACUCCUGCCUCUUACCCCGGUGCCUGCUGUGCAGUUCAGCUUCUCCUUUCCCAGAUAUGAUGCAUCGCAAAGCACCUACCGCUUUAUGGCAGAUGAGCUGCCGUACUACCGUCAACACUUUCUUCCUCAUCCUUCUUUCCAUCCAGUUAUUCAGAACAAAAUGGACAAGCAAUGCCACCCUGUAUAUGCAUUAUAGUGAAAACAAAAAGGGGCAGACAAAGAGGAAAAGUGUUGUAUGCUGUAAUGUAUUUUGUGCUCAGAAUCUCUUGUCUGAUUUGGAAGGGUAUGUGUUUAUUAUUUUAAGUUAAAUGUGAAAAGCAAUAAUUUUAUAUUUGUACUAAUUGAUAUUAAAACUUAUUGGAUGUGA